AUGGCGUAUGGCGACAUGGUGCCCAGCACCGCCAUGGGCAAACUGGUGGGCGGCGUCUGCUCGCUGAGUGGCGUGCUGGUUAUCGCGCUGCCCGUGCCCGUCAUCGCGGCGGCGGCCACGCGCGGCACAUUCACCAUCAACAAGCAGACGGGCGUGAUCCGGCUGGUGAACCGUCCGUUCAAUUUCACCCAGGACGAGUAUUCAUUCACGGUGGUUGCCCGUGACACUCACAACCAGGACGCCACAGCCUCCGUCAGGGUGGAAGUGAUAGACGUAAAUAACAAUCGUCCAAAGUUUCCUGAUUGUGACAAGUAUGAGCCCGAAGUAGAAGAAAACAAGGAUGCCAGUACGCUCGUACUAACGGUGAAGGCGACCGAUGCUGACAAGGGAGCAAACGCCGACCUGGUCUACUCACUGGUGACCAGUCCGAGCUCCCCAGACUCGCUCUUCAAGAUUGACAGAGAGACGGGCGUAUUGACCACUGCCAAAAGCUUUAACCGGGACGCGCCGGACCACGACAAGGAGUUGCGCGUCAUUGUGAAGGCCAAUGACAACGGGGAGCCGUCUCUGGAGGGUACCUGCGCCUUCAUCGUCAAUGUCCUGGACGUCAACGACAACUCCCCACUGUUCGACAAAAGUGACUACCUGGAGACGAUCGCCAAGGACACCAAGCCAGACACGCAGGUGGAGCGCGUGUCGGCAACGGACGACGACGUGGGCGACAAUGGCGCCAUCACGUACUCGCUGCGGGCAGUGCGGCCGACCGACGCGUCCGAUUACUUCGGCAUAGACAAGCGCACCGGCGUCAUCACGCUGACCAGGCCACUCGUGGAGUUCGCCAUCGACUCUGAAAUCCGCCUGGAGGCGGUGGCCAGCGAUCAGGGCGAACCGCCUCGGUCCAGCGAGGCGCAGGUCAUCAUCACUGUCAAGGACUCCAGCACGCGGCCGCCCUCGUUCAUCGUGAAACCCGACCCAGUCUACACUCUGGAUGAGAACUAUCGCGACACGGAGACAGGCAUCGCUCGACUCAAGGCCGUGUCUAAGCUGCCGGGCAGUCCCAACGUCUACUACGACGUCGUGAGCGGCUCCCAGGAGCAUACCAACAAGUUCCGCACGUUUGUAGUGGACGAGGACGGCGAAGGUGGCGCUAUAGUUCGAUACGGCGGAAGUCGGCAACUGGACUACGAGCAGAUCAAGGCGUACAAUAUCACUGUCGAGGCCACGACGGACCAGCGAACCAGAGCAGAGGUCACGUUCGAGAUUAGGCUACGAGACAAGAACGACGAAAUUCCUAUAUUUUACGGCACUGACCGAGCGAUGGUCCCCGAGAACUCACCACCGGGUACCUUUGUGGAGGUGGCGACGGCUGUGGACGGUGACAGCACUUCACCCAACAACCAGGUGAGUUAUAGCCUGGACCGAAAAUCGCCCGAGUACCAGCUAUUCAGCAUAGAGUCGGGUACGGGCCGGGUGUCGACCCGCGUCAGGUUCGACCGGGAGGACGAGUCGCGGCCGUCUCCCUUCUACACCAUCACCGUGCUCGCGGAGGACGGCAGCCCGUCCGACAUCCAGAAGAACGGCCAGCCUAACCAGGCCAAGCAUCGCGUCACAGUGGAGAUCGGCGACGAGAACGACAACCCUCCGUCGUUUGAUCCCUCUGGCGUCUACAAGGCCUCCGUGAUAGAGAACUCCGAUAUCGGCUCCAAGGUCUUCGACAUAUCAGCUAAAGACGAGGACGACGACUCGAAGAUCAACUACCAGAUCACCGACGGCAACUUUGGUGCUGCGUUCGACAUUCAGCCCGAUACGGGUGUGGUAACAGUCAAAAACCAAAUCGACUUCGAGGCCAUCCGCAAGUACGUCAUAACCGUAACUGCGUCUGACGGGAAGUACGAAGACACCCACGAGGUUGAUGUCGAGGUCAUCAACCAGAAUGACAUGCCUCCCGUGUUUGACAAGCAAACCUACGAGCAGAAACUGCGCGAAGGCUACCUUUCAUCGACGCCAAUCCUCAAGGUCAGGGCCGUUGACCCUGAUCCGGUCGGCGAACCCUCCAUCAUUUACACGCUGUCGGGCCCAGGAGUAUACCCAGACCGUCCUCAGGACAACGUCUUCAGCAUAAACCCCAGCGGAGAAGUGGUGGUUCUGAAGACGCUGGACCGGGACGAGGGCACGGGCGGCCGCGAGGUCUGGGAGCUCUCUGUGGAGGCCUGGGACGACGGGGGCGACGGCAUCGGAUCCACGGUGCCCUUCAAGCUCACGCUGACCGACAUCAACGACAACGCGCCGUACCUGAUCCAGAGUGACGCGUCGAUUCCCGUCAUCAUGGAGAACAAGUCGCCGGACGACAUUGUUAUUUCGGUGGAGGCAGAUGACUACGACGACCACGAGAAGAACGGACCGCCGUAUACCUUCUGGCUGGAUCCGAGUUCAUCGGCCGACAUACGAAACAAGUUCGGUGUCCGGACCGCCGGCAACGGGAGCCGAGCCGAGAUCCGUCCACUGGUGAAGCUGGACCGCGAGCAGCAGAAGUCGUACACCGUGCCGGUGGUGAUCAGCGACAACACUCUGGCCGAGCCCGCAACGCUAACCGGCACCAGCCUCUUCACCAUCAUCGUCGGCGACGAGAACGACAACGACAUGAAGCCGGGAUCCAGUGUCAUCGACGUCUUUAACUUCGAGGGCCAGAUGCCGGAGACGGUGGUGGGCCGCGUGUACGUGGAAGACCCGGACGAUUGGGACCUGCCCGACAAAACCUUCUCCUGGGCCAACGCGCAGACAAGCGGUUACUUUGAGCUAGACGCGGACACGGGCGACAUCACCAUCCGCUACGGCACUCCGAACGGCUCCUACCCGCUCAAGUUCCAGGUGUACGACAAGAAGUUCCGUAGCACGGUGGACGCGGAUGUGACGGUGACGGUGCGGCUGCUGCCGCGACAGGCCGUGCUCCAGUCGGGCUCGCUCCGCAUCGGCGGUCUCACCGCCGAACAGUUCGUGUCGCCCCCCGGGAAGAAGACGCCGUCCAUGUACCAGAGGAUGAUCUCUGAGCUAGCUGCUAUGCUGGGCACCCCGCCAGAGAACGUCGACCUGUUCGGGGUCCAGAACAAUGGCGCCGGCGGUGUGGACGUGCGCUACGCCGCUCACGGCUCUCCUUACUACCGGAGCGAGAAGAUGGACGGCAUUGUGAGCCAGCACAAAAAGCAGUUGGAGGAGGUGUUUAAGAUCGAGAUUCAGCAGGUUGGCAUCGACGAUUGCAUCUAUGAGACGACCUGCAACAGCAGCUGCUUCUCCAGCCUGACCAUUUUCGAAGAAAAGGUUUACAAGGUCCAGACGAACAUGAGCACAAUCAUUGGUGAGUGA